AGCAGCAUGUAUGUGAAGAUCACUACCAGUUUUAAAUUAUUUACUCUAGAAAUGUGAUUGCUAAAAAGAGCAAAUAUAUGAUUCUUUAGACUUCAGCUAACUUCACCUGUGAAUGUACUUACUGCAUGCUCGAUGGUUGCCUGAAAUUAUUGAAUUGUGGAAGCACUAAGGAAAAAUGCAAAAAUCCCAGCAUGAUAUUUAACAUUUGAAGUAGUAAUCUUUUUGAAACUAUAAUCCUAGGGACAUAGUGCUACCUGUAAAGCGCCAAUGGGAUGAACUACAAUAUCAAGGUUUAUUUUGAAGCAGAUUGUGCAGUCCCUAUAUACACCAGUGAAUAAGCCAUCAACAGGUGAAAUUUUCUGUGUUGACAAGGACUUACUGUUACGGGUGUUACGAGCAUUCAGCACUUAGUUCUGUUAUGAACUUCCUGCAUGAAUGAAAAACUCUUGACGUUGUAAUUCUCGACUUGCACAAAGCUUCUAAAGAUACUGUGUAUUCCAAAGCUGCCUUCUGUGUCUUGGACGGGCAGUGUUUAAGGGAAGGCAAUGUCAGAUACAAAACUUGGUGGUGGUCACAAGCAGGACAGGAAGAAUUAUUUUAGAAACGGGUAUUGGUGAUGCUGUUAUUUCAAGAAAGGGAAAACAAUUUGAGCAUCAGGAAACCAUUUAGCAGGCAAGAUGCACGGACUCUGGAAUAAUGUUCUAAACUGUGAAGUCACAUCUCAUUUCUAGAUCUUAAAAGUGAUGUGGGUAUGAGGAUGUAAUGUCAUGGAGUCUUGUAUUGGCUGUGAAACAGCUGGGAUGGUAUAUACGUACCUGCUGGGAGAACUUGGGGAAGUUGAGCUGGAUAACCUACCCUCUUUACUUUGAUAGAGGAACUUUUACAGAAUUUUUUAGUGAAAGCAGAUUCCCACUUUAAAUAAUGGAAUUUUUCCAGGGAAGCAUUCUUUCAAAAGCUGGAAAGACUAGUUUUGUGAGAAAGAGCACAAAUAAGUGAUUCUCAGGUGUAACUGCUCCACCUAAAUUUGUUCAUAAGUAUUUAACAUAGAUGUAAAGUAAUAAAGGCAGAGUGAAGGAAGAUAUCUUGUCUUUGGGAUAGAGGUGGUCACGUCCAUUGGAAAUAUCUUUUGGUUGUUCCUUCAAGGAGCAUUUCAGGUGCUGCAGGUUCAUAUUUGAGACAUUUUUCUUUGAUUCGUUAUCUAUUGAGAAGUCCGUGCAAAGUGUGACUAUGGAACAAGCAGAAGGUUGUUAAAUGCUUUAGAUGAAAACUGCCAGAUAGUGCCACUGCACAUUUUGCAUAAGACCCUCGUGAACAGUCAUCACAUGUGCAUCACACAGACAUCAACAUAGAAGGAAACAAUUUGUAUGUGUAAGAGGGGAAAAAAUACAUUUUUUUUUCUCUGUGAUGUUCCUUGGGCAACACCUCCUCUGUGCAGAAUUGUUUUGAUACUGGCCUCCACGGCAUAGGGGAGCAUGUUUAGGUAGCAUCCACUGCAGUUUGCAUGGUUACUUUCUUUACCUGUGUGAAUUAUUCAUCAAUAUGAAUGAGACUGAGUUUAAAAUAAUCUUGUGAUGCAAGAGUUGAGUACCUACUGUCUCCUGUCAUGAAGCAGAGAGGCCAGAAAGAGUGUGGCAGAGCCAAAGCCCAGUCUUGCAUUGCUCAAAAAUCUACCAGCCUGCACAUACAUGCUAAUUUAGGGUGACUACACUGCACUUACAGGCAGUGAGUCACUGCACACCAGAGCAAAGAGGCAUGAGGGAGGGUUUUCUGCCCUGAUGUUUCCUGCAGGGUGCCUGCUGGGCUUGCUGUUGGAGCAAGCGCACGCAAGGUCCCUUUGAAGUAAUGGGUGUACUGCUGGGCUCCCUGGGCCCAUGCAGGAGAGCACAACCCUCUGUCCUGCCUCACCCUUCCACCUCCAUGGGUCACCCAGUGCUUGUAGCUCCUUCCUUCCCUCUUAUUUAAAAUCAAGCCACAAGAUUUCUGGACAUGGAUUCACAUUUUUCUCUAGAUCUGUGCUAAAUGUCCGGGCAAAGAAUACUGAGCACAUGGCAAGGUCAAUGAGCGUAACACACAGAUACCCAAGCAGCUGCAGGGGAGCAUGGGUCCUGCAGCCACUCAGCUGUGGCACUGCGAGGGGCUCGCUUCCCUUGCUUAACUCUGUGCUGCUAGAGGAAGACUGCUGCAGGUAUAUGUGUUCACAGUUUGGAAAGAAGCUGUUGAGGUACCUCUCCAUUAGCCUGUGGUACAAUGGUGGCAGGGCAGAGAUACUCUCAGAGCUGUGAUUUAGUCACAAGCACUUUGAUUGGGUUAGAGUUACUGCAUAAAUGCAAAACGUUUUGUUAGCAGUAGUAUUUUCAAGAAAGCAGAAAGGGGCUGCUUUGAGUCCCCCCAAACAUCACAGUAGGUAGAAAAGAAAACUCUUCAUUCUACUGACUCAGUUGAGAUGCUCUAAUAGGCUGGAGGAAGUGGGGAGGAGACUGCCUAAUGACUGGAAAUAAUAAAGGGGUGGAGUCGGAGAGCCUUGUCAUAAAAUCUCUAUUCCUCCACCUGUAAUCUGCAUGAAGAGUUUCUGCCAGCCGUACGACUUGGUAUCUUCUAAAUUGGACUUAUAUGCAACUGGAGCUGCAAAAUGGGAUCAAAUUUAAGUUCAAAUGAGACUUUUACGGGCACCUCAGCACCAGCGGUGAGAACGAGACCAGUAUCUCCUUUCAACUUGCUCACUGUAAAAAUAUUAAGAUUGAGGAAUGUCCGGAAGGCAGACUUGCUCACUCUUUCAGAUUGUUAUGUGACACUGUGGCUGCCUACUGCCUCAGCCGAGAAAGUUCGGACCAGGACUAUCAGGAACAGCAAAAACCCCGUCUGGAAUGAAGCUUUCUGCUAUAAGAUAGACCGCCGUGUCAAGAAUGUGCUGGAGCUGAAGGUCUGUGAUGAAGACACUGUCACAAGGGAUGAUGAACUCUGCACAGUUCUCUUUGACAUAGAUAAACUCACUGUAGGACGUACUGUUCGAGUGAAGUUUCAGCUGAAUCCGCAGGCACGUGAGGAGCUGGAGGUGGAGUUCACAUUGCAGAAUACUCUAGAUUAUCCUGAUGGCAUUAUUACUAAUGGAGUACUAGUGGCGCGUGAAGUUUCCUGUUUAGAGGUCAGAGUGGAUACGAGGAAGAUGAAGCAGCAGUCUACAAACCAGAAGCUUACAUUUACACUGAAGGGAUCCCAUGAAGGAAGUCAGAAGAUUUCGCUGGACUCUGAUCCCAGCCUUAGGAUCAUCAUAUUUCACUGUGUCAUAAAUGACCAGACAAGACUGGAUGUCAUAUUACCAGAAGAGCUGGCAGAUAAAAGUGAAACAGAGAAAUCUGGGGUCUUGUCUUUCCCUCUGAAUUCACUCCCUUUGCAGAAGGAAAUAAUAAUAGAAGAGGAUCAUUCCUUUCACUUGUGCUUGACAGCAAGAAAAUGCUCAGGGGACCUGGAUGUGCGCUUGGGCUUUAGCCUGUGCAUGGAAGAGCAGGACUUCCUGAAGAAGAGGAAGAAAUAUGUUGCUGCCGCACUGAAAAAGAUUCUUCAUUUGGAGGAGGAUCUGAAAGAGCAUGAGGUGCCGGUGGUGGCCAUCACAACAACUGGUGGAGGGACGCGGUCGCUGACAGCAAUGUAUGGCAGCCUGCUGGGUCUCCAGAAACUCAAUCUGCUCGAUUGCAUUUCCUACAUUGGUGGUUUAUCGGGUACCACAUGGACAAUGGCAAACUUAUAUGAAGAUGUUAAUUGGUCACAAAAAUAUCUGGAGGAUGCAAUCAAGGAAGCUCGCAAGCAAGUAACCAAAUCCAAGAUCUGCUGUUUUUCUUUGGAUUGUCUGAAGUACUAUUAUAAUGACCUGAUGGAGAGGACUAAAGAAGGACAUAACACUUCUUUCAUAGACCUUUGGGGGCUUGUCAUUGAAUCCAUGCUACAUGAUAAGAAAGAUGAGCAUAGACUCUCGGACCAACGGCAGGCAGUGGAUAAUGGUCAGAACCCAUUGCCCAUCUAUGUGGCCAUCAACCUCAAGUCCAGCUAUAGUGCUCAGGCAUUCAGAGAGUGGCUGGAGUUCACUCCUUACGAAGUCGGUCUUCUGAAAUACGGAGCGUCUAUUCGCGCAGAACAUUUUGGAAGUGAAUUCUUUAUGGGAAGGCUGGUGAAGAGGCUCUCAGAGACUCGCAUCUGCUAUAUGCAAGGCAUGUGGAGUAGUAUAUUUUCCAUAGAUGUGAUGUAUGUCUGGAAUUUGGCUGCUGACUCAGAGGACUUCUGGUGUAGAUGGACCAGGGACAGAGUAAAAGAUAUUGAGGAAGAACCCUUUCUGUCCAUGAAUCCCUAUGAGGUGGACACCUGUGUAUUCACUCCCGCGAGUGCCCUCUCCUCUGCUCUGCGAGGUGUCUUAACAGGACGCCCAACCAUUGCACAGUAUCCCAAUUUUAUCAGAGGUUUCCAGAUGCAUAGCCAGUACCUGGAGAGUGAAGGAUUUUCUACGUGGAAAGAUACAGUGAUAGACUCCUUCCCAAAUAAACUGAUGGAAACAGCAGAUGAUGAGCUCUCCCUGGUUGAUACUGGUUUUUUCAUCAAUACCAGUUACCCACCGCUUGUGAGAUCGCAGAGAGAGGUGGACGUCAUCCUGCACUUAAAUUACAGUGGAGGGUCCCAGACACUGCCUCUGGAUCAGAUUGCAAAGUACAUCUCGGGGCAAGGAAUUCCAUUUCCCAAAAUUGAGAUAAGUGAAGAAGACAGGGAAAACUUGAAGGAGUGCUAUGUGUUUGAAGAUGCUGACAGUCCACAAGCUCCAAUGGUGCUUUUUUUCCCCCUAGUAAAUGACACCUUCAAGAAAUAUAAAGCUCCUGGUGUGGAAAGGAGUCCUGAAGAGAUGGCUGAAGGCAAAGUUGAUGUCUCCAGCAUCCUCUCCCCAUUUACAACAAGGGAGGUGUGUUUCAGUGAAGAGAAUUUUGACAAACUAGUGAAACUGACUGAUUACAAUGUCCUGAAUAACGAGAAGUUGAUUAUUCAGGCCUUGCGCUGGGCAGUGGCACGGAGGAAGCAGUGGAAUUGUUAGCCACCGCUCACUAGCUUCAGCCUUCCAUCAGCCAUCCAACAACCAAUGGUAGUUCUUGGGUUGUCUGUUACUUGUUGAGAUCAAGAUGUCUGAUGCUUGCCAGUGAUAAUUGCAGUAGGAACCGCAUCAUCCUGAGGAUGUGCUGGACUCCAAUUCAUCCUAUGUCCGCAACCGUUCAGUUGAGCAGAUUAGAAUUUACCAGUGGUUUAAUGCAAUACAAACUUCAAAGCAGCAAAUUUGUGUUUAGUUUUGUUACCUUGUUACUUUACCAAUUUAUAUAUGUAUUCCAUAUGAAUUAAUAUAGUGUUGUGUAAGAUAAUGAAAUAUGUAGCAAAUUAAAAUGUGAAUCAAAGCAGUA